GGUAUUAAAGUGGUUUAAUGGUAAUAAAGAUUUGUUGGAGAAAACAAAGCGACAGGUAACAAAUGGACUUGCAUUUUGGGCACGAACAGGCUAUUAACUCAGCCUGGCUCACCUCUAAACAUUCCUUUAUUUCCUGCGUUUCCAACAUGCAAAUGUUAUCAGUCAACUUAGCAUGUCAUUAGGUGCAUCCAACUAUACAGUCAACUCUCGUUAUACAUAUAUGGGGACUGUCAUUCAGUCAACGUCAAACCUGGAGAUAAUCCCAGCCUUUCUUGGAUCCUAAGGAGCAAAUAAUUUCUUUGAAAAGGCAGUGGUCAAAUUACAUUUUGCAGGACUUGAAGUAUACAAGAGAGCAACAGCAACUAAAUGGUCGAAUAACUCGUAUAUAGAUAUUCUAAUGCGAAGUUACUUUUGUCCAAAGUUGUUAAUUGAAUAAGAAUGAUAUACUGUAAGCAGCAUGUGGCCGGGUUUAAACGGGAAUUAAACCCAAGGUUUUUUGUUUAACGAAUCUUCAGUCUGCUGAUUGGGUUGUCUUUUUAAUGACCGGGCGUGGCUUGGGUGUGGAACAAGCAUAACUUCCUGUAAUCGUUACUCUUUAAUUGAACUAUCCAGUAAAUCAAUUAAAACACGCUAUUUAUUAUCACAUGCACACUAUAAUGUACAUAGGCCUAAUGCUGAAGAAAUUAUUUUAUUUAAUCUUGAGUUUUAAAGCAAAGGCAGUUUUUGUGCGAUAAUCAACAUUUGAGGAGAACAUUAUGAACACCAAACACAAUGCUUACAAUUGCAGAAGUAUAGCUGAUAAUGAUUAAUUGAUUAUAUAAGGUUGUACUGGUAAAAUUUGGUUAUAUAGUAUAAUAUAGAAAAUACUCUUUUUUUCUUGAAUGAUAUUAAGGUUGAGGAGGUGGUACUUCUUCAAUCACAAUACGAGACAUCGACUGCCAACCAGUAUAACCAUCUCCGAGAGUAGAACCGUAACACUUGCCUAUCCAGAAUCGCACACGUAUGUGACCUUUAGGAACUUGGUUACAGUAGCCUUCAAUAUGGCGGUGACGAAGGGGGUUGGCUUGCGUUGAUGCAAUGUAAACAAUUCCUUCAAUAGUCGCUGGUUUUGUACAUUCUGCCCCAUCAAAUGUAAAAUACCAUCGAUUGCAAACACUAUUGCCCCUAGAACGUAUGUUUCCUCCAUAGAACACACGGAGUGAGGUGUUGUCAUAUUUUUUGUUGAAAAUACAGUUCUAUAUGAACAGAACAGACAAAGGGUUAGGAUAAAGUUAAGAUUAGGGCAAGGAUUAGAUUAGGCUUCAUAGGGUUCGGAUUAGAUUAGGGUUAAGGUAAGGUUUAGAUUGGAUUAGAAAUAGAUAGAUACAAUUUUAUUUAUAUAGGGUAAUUCUUUGAGUAUAAAAACACUGGUAUCAAUGGAGUUAGGAUUAAAUUACGGUAAGGAUUAAAUUAGGCUUCAAAGCGUUAGGAUAGAUUAGAUUUAAGGUAAAGAUUAGAUUAGAUUAGAGUUAGGAUAAAGUUAGGCCGUUGGUUUUGAGUAUGAUUAGGUUUGGAUUAGUUAAUUAAACGAUCGACUGAAAAGGUUAGGAUUAGAACUAAGUGGGAUUACGUUAGAAUUAGGAUUGGGGUAAGCCGUAAGGAUCAUGAUAACAAUAAUAACUGUAGUUCAAGAGGGUGGCACAUGAAAGCGAUAGGCUAAUAAACUUGUGUCCCGCAAACCAGACUACACUAGGAUUAGGUAAGGAUUACAAUUAUUAGGGUUGGAACUAGGAUUAUCUUAAGAUUUGGCCUACCUUUGUUGCAAUGGUUAAUUAAUUAAAAACUACAUUAGAGGAAGACGUGCUACCGGACACUAAAGUACUAGAACUUUGGAAUCAGUUUCUCAAUAAAAUGUUAUUUAAUGUAAAUCACAACAUUUGAGGGAAGUCGGUUCAAAUACUCCAUCUUGGACUUUCCCCAUUAACAAGGCUCAGUCGCUUGCCUUUUGAAAAUGCACUCGGACUUUGCAUGAAUUCCAGAUAAAGUUUUUUGUCUCGUAUUUGAACUGUUACUUAAUAGAUACAUAUAAUCCGUAAUUUCUUAAACCUGUAUCAAGCCAGUGUCUUUUUCAUCCUCUCUCUUCCAAACACACUGUUUCCAAUUUGACUUGACAAGAUCUACGUAAUCAUUUCCUCUCUCUCCCGGCUCUCCUGUCGCUCCUGCAAGACCAGGUGACCCAGGUUAGGCCAGGUAUACCAUCUCUUCCGGGAUUUCCUGGAAUCCCAGGGAUACCUGGGAUACCUGCAGAACCACAGGUCGCCUGGGAAGACUAAUAAAAAUUGCAAAGAUUAGUUUAGGAUAUAAUAACGCAAAUACCAAUAGAAGCUAUCCCGUGUAGGCCAGUAUAAGUAACGCAGUUUACUUUAGGCUUCCUCCUGUAGUUUAUAUAACACCGGCGCGAUAAGGACUGGUAGACUGGACCUCUAGGGAGAACUGAUAGAGCUGUCCAAUAUAACUAACUAAAUGUUCGCUUUAGUCUUAAUUACCAGUAAAUGUACUGUACAUAAACGUUAGUGCUUACAGUAGAUGUCAUAACACGACAAACUUACCGUAGUUUUACUUUGACUGUUGACCACUGAAGUCAUGUCAGCCAUAAAGACAAUCAAGAGGAAAAUCACGAACUUAGACUCCAUUGUAAUAUAUCCAACUUUCCUGUCGAACCUCGACUAGAACUGAUCCUACUGCGAGCCUUUGCACAAUAUUUUAAUACUCUCCCUUUUUAACCACUCGUAUUACACCACGCCCAUGCAGUUCAAUAUUUUUCUCUCAUGUUUUCUGAUGCAAGAAAAUAAGAUAUUUCUUUUAAUUUAUCAGAAGCUAUUGCCAUAUAGAAUGAAUGUUUGACUCGCUUCAUUUACCCAUUUAGCCAAAAACUAAUUGCUAAACCGACUUUCAUAGAAACAUUAGCUUUAACAUUUUUGUCUGAAAGCAUUGUGGUCAUAAUUGACAGCUUCUAGAAUUAUUCUUUAAUUCUGUAACUUUGAUCAGUAAAAACUGUUCAAUUUUACAAAUUCCAACUCGGAUUACAUUAUAUUCACAUAUUUUCUCUACUGUUUCCUUAUUCAAGAUAAUUUGGAAGUUUUUUAAUUUGUUUUUUUUGUACUUGUUGUGCAGAAGGUUUGGGUAAACUUGUUGGCCUCCCCUUUUUAGCAAAAAAUUAUUCAUAAAUUAAGGUUUUAAAACACGUUUUAAACCGUUGUCGUCAUAAUUGAGAGUUCGAAUUUUUUACAUUUAGUCAACAAGUAUUUCUGUUUAGUUAUUACAAAAGAAAACGCUGAUUGUUUGAGGAAAAAACACCUUCUCUAUAGUAGUCUAGGACCUGUAUAUGAGUUUGUAUGCAUUUCAUUUAGGACAGAUAAUCUCAACUGUUUUAGGGUAAGUUGACCAUGACGGUCAACAUGGUAACGCUGCCCGAACCCCAAUCCGGGGCGAAACGUCCGAAACUGACCACACCCAAAAACGACGCCUUCGCCAUACUGCUAUCUACCAAACCAUAAGAGCUUUGGCUAUUCUGAGGUGCUUAUAUGGUUCAGAGAUAGUACUUUUGGGGGUGGUCAUUGGUAAGUGUGAAAUGCCUAGCACUAAUAUUUCACAAGAAAAUGGCCAUGCAAUAAUCAUAGUUAAACGUCAAUUUGUGGCUUGCAAAUUCAGAUAAACAGCAGUGGACUUACAUUACAUUUUUCCCUAAAUCUUUUUGAUAGAAACAUAAAUGGUACUUAUUUAAAUAUAUUAUCACUGGUUUGGUGUAAAAUAGUUAAUAUUUUCUGACCGAAAUAAUAAUUCGAAAUGUGCCUACCUCCUGCAAAUGGACGAAUUUGGCCAAGUUCUCCACUUUACUCCGCUGUUUAUCGGCGAUCUCGUCGACAUCCUACAAAAAAUGUAAAUCAUCUCAGACAUAAUGGUAUCAAGAACAUUUUAAACAAGUUUCAACUUGGUUUCAAGUAGAUCAUACCUGUUUAACCAUCGACAAGGUGAAUCCACAACUUUGUCCAAAUUCGGCGCCAUUUUGUCAUCCCAUGUCGCUUGUUAACAAUUCAGCCUUGUUACUCUUCCAUCCAAGCCAUUUCCAUUCCACAAUAAUAAAAUUAACCCUUUAUAACAGGAGGAAAUUUUAUCACCCUGUGAAAUGUUGUUUACGAGUCCUUCGAAACAUUUGUACAAAUCUCGCGUGGUUUAGCAACAGGGAAUGUGACAGGGGGGAGGGGGGGUUGACUCUUGAAAAAUGAAAGGAAAGCCCACACAGUAUGGUAAAACCAACAAUCAACAUUUAAUUUGUAUGACUUUUUCAUAUUAAAAAUAAUAAUAUGUAUAUAUUUGUCGCUACAAGAAAUAAAACAAACAUUUGUAUGAUUGUAUUUAGCUUUUAGUCUAUUUCACGCAGCCUUCUUCUAUCUUCGUGAAAUAAUUCACCUCCUCCUGUACGGAAUGUUUUGAAAGACUCGUGAGCAAAAUUUUACAUGGUGAUAAAUUGGCGUAUUUCUUAUAUUUUGUUUAGAUUUUUUAGUUUCCUCCUGUUAUAAAGGGUUAAAUUUAUUAUUAGUGGAAUGGAAAUGGCUUGGGUGGAAGAGUAACAAGGCUGAAUUAAUAUUGUUAACAAGCGACAUGGGAUGACAAAAAGGCGCCGAAUUGGAUUUACCUUGCCGAUGGUUAAACAGGUAUGAUCUACUUGAAACCAAGUUUAAACUUGUUUAAAAUGUUCUUGAUACCAUUAGGUCUGAAAUGAUUUACAUUUUUUGUAGGAUGUCGACGAGAUCGCAGAUAAACAGCGGAGUAAAUUGGAGAACUUGGCCAAAUACGUCCAUUUGCAGGAGGUAGGCACAUUUCAAAUUAUUAUUUCGGUCAGAAAAUAUUAACUAUUUUACACCAAACCAGUGAUGAUAUAUUUAAAUAAGUACCAAAUAUGUUUCUAUCAAGAAGAUUUAGGGAAAAAGGUAAUGUAAGUCCACUGCUGUUUAUCUGAAGUUGCAAGUCACAAAUUGACGUUUAACUAUGAUUAUUGCAUGGCCAUUUUCUUGUGAAAUAUUAGUGCUAGGCAUUUCACACUUACCAAUGACCACCCCCAAAAGUACUAUCUCUGAACCAUAUAAGCACCUCAGAAUAGCCAAAGCUUUUAUGGUUUGGUAGAUAGCAGUAUGGCGAAAGCGUCGUUUUUGGGUGUGGUCGGUUUCGGACGUUUCGCCCCGGAUUGGGGUUCGGGCAGCGUUACCAUGUUGACCGUCAUGGUCAACUUACCCUAAAACGGUUGACAUUAUCUGUCCUAAAUGAAAUGCAUACAAACUCAUAUACAGGUCCUAGACUAUAGAUAUAAUACCUGAGUUGGCACAUAAGAUGGUCUUUGAGAAAAUGGGUUUUCGUUUUUAUGGCAAAAUUGGAACCAGAAUUUUGUGAUAUAGUUGAUAAAGUCUUGUAUCGGUUUUUACUGAAGGUACUCGAAAGUUUUGAUAGGCUUAGUAUGCUUAAAGAUAAACGUGUAGCAAGCACUGUGUGUACAUCAGGCUAAUUUUGAAUAUCUGGACCGCUCUCGUAAUGUUAAUUUCCACUGUUAUGCCACAGAAUACUCCACAGAAGUGCAUCUCCAUUGUUUUUUGCGUAAGCUCUAUUCGUCAUGAUUCGUCACUCAGCAAGUACCGUAAACAGAAGCAGUCCCCCCCCCUGGAAAUACUAAAAAUGGCGCAUGUCCACGGGGGUGACUUGCUGAGUGACGAAUCAUGACGAAUAGAGCUUACGCAAAAAAAAACAAUGGAGAUGGACUUCUGUGUAGUAUUUUGUGGUAAUACUAACUUUCUGAAGAAAGAGGGGGUCUGGUUUCCCCCCAGAAAAAUUGUAUAUAUUUGAGGCUCCAGGACUGCAUUUCUUGCGAGCAAAUUUGCAAACGAAUUGCAUCCAAAUUGAUUGUAUUUUUCACAAAUAGUAGUUACGACUUUACACAUUUAACGACUUUAUUACGUAAAUUUUACAUGAAAGUGUCAAACUUUUAACUUCAAGUUUACUUGAUUUUUCUGCAUGACCUUUCAAAGCUGGGGGGGGGGGCUAUACAACCCACUUCUUAUCCCCCUCCCUGCCCACUCGUCCCUGAGCGAAAUAUAUGUAAAGUUCUAUUUGACUGAAUUAUUAUAUCAUGCGAUGUGUCAUGCUGCAAUCAUUUCUUGUAGUUUAUCUUAGUAAUGAUGAACAAGUAUACAAAAGAUGCAACUUUGAUAAAUCCUUUGCGAAACAAGAGACCUGGGUUUGCGGGUGGACCAGAUGUUGAUAAAUAGUAAGCCUACUGUAUUCCUGUAUAUGCGAGUGUACUUAUAUGUGCUGAUUACAUGGAGACAUUUCAGCCCAUGAUGAAUUUCAAAAAGCUUAAAUUUGUUAACCAAGCUGAAAUUGUUUCACGAUUACAUGUACAUGCAUGGCAACUUCCAGCCCGGACUGAGUAAUUAAAAUUUCAGCUCAAACCAGGGUGAAAUCUCAGUCUGAAUUAUUUAAAUUAAAAUGUUGUUUAUCUCUAUUAUUCGAUAUCUGAGAGAUUUUGGUUGCAUUUUGCACUCCAAACUAUACUCUGACUGCCCUUGGCAAUAUCAAGAUCACUCAAAACCUUUAAAACUUCUACCAAUCAAUAUUUGGUCGGCGACGAAUACUUUUAUACGGUCAAUCCCUGUUGUGACAUCACCAAAACUACAGUUAAUGAGAGAAAAAAGUUAUCCAAGAUGACUGACAUCUCAUUACUUCAAGUGAAAAUGUUUCAAGAACUAAGCAAGAUAUGAAAAAUUGGUAACAGAAGUUAAAAUAUAUGGCCUCCUCCGCAGGCCUCUCUAUGGGUUUUAGCCUGCGAAUGGGUUUUGAUGCCUGCGGAGGAGGCUAGUUAAUAUAUAGUUUCAAAAGUUCUUUUACAUGAGAAAAUAAAAAAUUAUAUUGCCAUUUCCCUUUAAGGCGAGUUGAUAUGUGAGCCCGGGGAACCGGGCUGAAACUCGGCCUCAGCUGAGUUUCCAUAUAAUCAGCCCCUUAUUAUUUUUAUUAAAUUUCGUCUCUCGUCUGAUCCUAUCACUAUAUUAAAGAUGAUAAAUGUAGUCUUGCUAAAUUGGGAACCUGUGAAUGGUCUUAUUUCAGGUAUCAAAAUCACCCAGCUCGCCAUGAGUUCCAAGCGGGAUUGUGCAUUUGCAUGGAGAAAACCUGUAGUAGUAAUUUACUGUUCUAUCGGCUAAGUGAUAUUUCAUUAUUUCUAGUGUAAAUAAACUGGUUGAAGAGAGCAAAGGAGAUUGUGAUUUUUGUAACUACCAAAGGUAG